UGCCUGCUAUACAGACACAGGAGCCCCUUCCCCUCCCUCCUAUGUUCCCUUAUGAGAUCGAUAACUGCGGGUCCUGGGGAUCAAUUUAGAGCUGACACAUUGAUUGUGCCCUGGGAGAGGUGACAGUCCCUGGAUCUGGCUGUAAAAGUGUAGAAUGGUGGUGGGAUGCUGCAGUCUCUUGCACCGUCAUAGAACGUAGAACCCUGACUCACCCUGGGACAGAGGGAGGCUCUGCGCUGCACCCAGAUAGCUGGAUACAAUGUAUACUUUCGUUGUGAGAGAUGAGAACAGCACAGUGUAUGCUGAAGUGGCUAAAAUCCUCCUGGAAUCAGGACAAUGGAGGAGACUGAAAAGGGACAAUCCCCGGUUUAACCUGAUGCUGGGAGAGAGGAACAGGCUGCCUUUUGGGAGGCUGGGUCAUGAGCCUGGGCUUGUUCAGUUAGUGAAUUAUUACCGUGGUGCCGAUAAGCUUUGCCGUAAAGCUUCUUUGGUAAAAUUAAUAAAGACCAGUCCAGAACUUUCAGAAUCUUGCACUUGGUUCCCAGAAUCCUAUGUGAUUUAUCCUGUCAAGGAAAAAACACAAGUUGCAAGAGCAAGCAAUGGACUUCAUGAUCUCAUCAGCAGCACACGAACGGAUGAGCGAGAAGAGUUUUUGACAUCUUUCAAUGAAAAGAAGGAUAAUGGAGAGGGAAACGUGUGGAUCGCUAAAUCCUCCUCAGGCGCCAAAGGGGAAGGGAUUCUUAUAUCCUCUGAUGCCAGUGAGCUUCUCAAUUUCAUAGACAAUCAAGGCCAAGUGCAUGUUAUUCAGAAAUACUUGGAGCACCCCAUGUUGCUGGAACCUGGUCACCGGAAGUUUGAUAUCAGGAGCUGGGUUCUUGUAGACAAUCAAUACAACAUUUUUUUGUAUAAAGAGGGUGUGCUGAGGACCUCCUCUGAACCCUACAAUGACUCUGACUUCCAAGACAUGACCUCCCACUUGACCAAUCACUGCAUCCAGAAGGAACAUUCUAAAAACUAUGGACGGUAUGAGGAGGGGAACGAAAUGUUCUUUGAAGAGUUCAAUCAGUAUCUUGAGACGUCUCAUAACACCAAUCUUGAAAAUGGCAUCUUAUGGCAGAUAAAACAAAUAAUAAGAAUCUGUCUGACCUGCAUCGAACCUGCAAUUAGCACCAAGCACCUGCCCUACCACAGUUUCCAGCUGUUUGGUUUUGACUUUAUGGUUGAUAGGAAUCUGAAGGUCUGGCUGAUCGAAGUCAACGGUGCCCCGGCCUGCGCUCAAAAAUUAUACUCCGAGCUUUGCCAAGGUAUCGUGGAUUUAGCCAUUUCCUAUGUCUUUCCAAUGGAUGACACUGUUCCGAAGCAGACCCCUGACACAGCUUUCAUCAAGCUCUGAAGACAAUAUGCUAUCUACGUACACACACACACAAGCUUGGCUGCCAUCUAUUUAUUGUCCGAGAACUAGAUUACAAAUAUUUCACUUUGUAUCAUGUCCAAAAAAGGAUAAAUGAACACAUUUUGGGAAAUGAUAUCUACUGCAAAAGACUCAAGGAUGACCCAAAGUGAAAAAGACAAUGCUUUGCUUACUCAUGCCAAACCUUAUUUUGUUUUGUAUAUGAUUUUUUUUACACUUAUUAUCAUUGUUUUUAUUAUUAUUAUUAUUAUUAUUGUUUUUAUUUAUAGGUAGAAUGAAGGAAAUGUUUAGAAAAAACGUACAGUGUUGUAAGAUGUGGAGACAGAAUGUGAAAUUCUUCAAUUUUCUGUCUUCAAACCAGUAAAGUUUUAUUGACAAGGUUUAGAGAGACUUGUCAUGCAUUUUAUGGUAGAGCCAUAUUCAUGUCCCUUUGUUUCUUUAAAACUAUAUAUUAUGCUAGAAAACAUCUCUAUAUAGCAGUUUGAUUCAUUGAAAUAUUUAUUAAUUACCAUACCAAUACCAUUAAUAUCCUAUUUGCUUGUGUGCCUAAAGGGACACUAUAGUUACCCCCAGACCACUUAAUUGAGGGAAUACUAUAGCACAAGGAAUAGAUAUGUGCAUGCCUUAUGCUAUAGUGUCCUUGUCACGCUUUAAGUGACCGGGUUCUCUCCCUGCACAUCCCCCCUUGGGAAAGUAUUGAGAGGCUAGUGCGCAUGCACAUCAGAAUGCCACACUGCAGCAAUCAUAUAGGCUCUACGAAACCGUCUGAUUUGAAGUUGCCAAGUUUAACUCCGCUAUUUCCGAGGAAGUGCCUUUAAACCCUGCAAUGUACGGCAAUGUUUUAACUUGCCGGGUUAAAAUGAAGGGGGCAUGGCACCCAGGCCACAUUACUGAGAUGAAGAGGUCUGGGUGCCUAUAGUGUCCAUUCAUGUUCAUGCUUUCAGUAACUAGAGAUACUUCUACUGCACAGACUGAGUAAAACCCGGCCCUGUGAUAUAGAAGCCCAUAGGAAAGCAAUGAAUACAAUGCUUUGCUAUAGGGAAGCUGGAAUGCGCUUUAGGUCUCCAUUACUCCACUAUGAGGAGGAUUGGAUUGGACCAUGCUGCAGGAUGCCCUGCCUCCUCUGUGUCGUUGCUGGAUCAGUGGUGAGCAUUGCCCUGGGAGGUUUUCUUUUUCUAAACUGGGGGAAUGAGGGUGGUCAAUAUA